AUGGUUCAGCUUCUCUCGAGCGUGUACUCGUACAAUUCAGACUUCUACACCACUUCGGUGGCCUACCUCAACCGGUAUCCGAACCCAUAUGCCAAGCACGUGCUUUCCUCCGACACACUAGGCACCUCUGUCGACGACCAGGGCCGCCUUCACACGACGCGGCUAGUGGUGAAGACAGGGCUGUUGCCGGACUUCAUCAAGCCCAUAUUGGGCCACAAGCUCGAGUCGUGGAUCAUCGAGAAGGCCGUGAUUGAUCCGAAAACCCAAACCGUGCAUGCUUACUCAGCCAAUGUGGACCACCGCAAAUUCGUCAAGGUGGAGGAGUAUCUCACCUACAAGACGGAGGGCGAGGUGACCAGCAUCGAGGUGAACGUCAAGUUCUCGUCGAAUUUCUUCGGCUUCAAGCGGCGCAUCGAGGAGUGGAGCAGGGACAGAUUCCAUCUGAACAUGAACAAUUCAAGAGAAGGGCUUAUGUAUGUCAUAAACCGAUUCAAGCGCCCCGGGUGGGCACUUUCGGCCUGA